GAAGACCGAGAGCAUACGGAAUUUCGUUGACGACCGCAAAUUCGUGCUUAAAUCGAUAGGAACUACACCCUUUUCGGAAAGCGCCGCACUUUUAGUGGGUUCGGCGAGCGCCGCUGGCCUUGUUCUCGACGAGUUUCGCAUGGGCCUUGCCGCAGUAUCCACUGCAAGCUUGCUC